GAAACAAGGCCACGAUAAACUCUUUCGGGAACUCAUCGAUGCCAACGCAUUGCUUAUCGGUGGAUUUAACCUGGAGGACUACUUUCCCAUGUUGGUGAAGCUGGGCAUCAUCAAGAGGAUGGUUUGUGCCAAAGCUAGAAAGAUUAACAAGAUGUGGGAUGACCUUCUCAAUAAUCUCAUCGAUGAGCAUGCAAGCAAGCCGACGUCAGAACAUGACAACGAGGAGAAUGACUUCAUCGAUGUGUUGCUUUCUAUUCAACAUGAGUACAACCUCACGAGAGACCAUAUUAAAGCCCAGAUGGCGAUCAUGUUCGAAGCUGGGACAGAUACAUCAUUUAUAGUACUAGAAUAUGCAAUGAUUCGGCUCGUGCAAAAUCCUCGCCUCAUGGAGAAGCUACAAGAUGAGUUGAGGAGUUCUAUACCAAAGGGAAAAGAAAUGGUUACCGAAGACGAUAUCAAAAAUUUGGCCUAUUUGGAGGCAGUCAUCAAAGAGACACUUCGGCUACAUAUGCCUGCACCGCUCCUUGUGCCCCACCACUCCAUGGCCGACUGCAACAUAAAAGGCUACAAGAUACCAUCAGGAACGCGCACCAUCAUCAAUAGUUGGGCCCUUGCAAGGGACCCUGGCAGUUGGGAGAAUGCGCAGAAGUUCAUGCCUGAGCGGUUCAUGGAUGGCGGUAGUGCCGCAACUAUGGACUACAAGGGAAAUGAUUUCGCCUACUUGCCAUUUGGCACCGGGCGGCGGAUGUGUCCAGGCUUCAACUUUGGGAUUGCGACCAUUGAAAUCAUGCUAGCAAAUCUAGUGUACCGCUUCAACUGGAAGCUACCAGAAGAGUCGAUGAAAGGCAGCAUCAGUAUGACUGAAUUAUUUGGGGUGACAAUACGCCGGAAGGAGAAGCUCCUUCUUGUCCCUAUAGUGCUAGAAGAUUAAGAUAUUGGUCCAUAUUAUUUUGUGUGUGUGUGUGUGUGUGUGUGUGUGUGUGUGUGUGGAGAAGAUUGACCACUCGUGUGUGCUCUGCCUACAUAAUAGUAUUGUCUAUGUGAAA